AUGGAUUCUUCUGAUUUUAAGCAGAAAUUCACAACUAGAAUAAAAUCGCACACUCACAGAUUAUACUCAUCGCAUCAUCCAGUUGUAAAGGCAGAUUUAAAAAACAAUUUCGUGGACAUAUGGAAGGAAAAUCUUGGUACAAUAACUCUUGGAACAAUUUACGGGAUCAAAAUCCUUAAAUUGCUCAUAUACAUCCGGUACCUACUGGAAUGGUUACCUCAAGUGAAUCCUUACCUACCCCCGUUUGAUACCAUUUAUCAAACUACAGACGCUUACCUCAAAGUAUUUCAAUUGUUUCUGCCUAGAGUAGCAGGAGUUGACACGAGCGGUAUAAUAGCAUGGUUUAUCCUUGAGAAUAUAGAGGCAUUUUUGUCCACAAAACCAGAAAUUGCCAACAGUCUACAAUAG